UCCCAUGAGCAAGCGACACCGUUCCAGCGACAACUAACAGCAACCUCCCUCAACAGUCGAGAUUUUCUAGAAAUCUUUUCGUCCUCUCACCAAGCCAACAUGUCUUACAACAAACCUGAGAAGGGCGAGUUCGGGGAAGGUCCCAAGAUCCACCGCAUCCGUAUCACCUUGACUUCGUGCAAGGUCCAGGCCCUCGAGAAGGUCACCUCCGAGCUCAUCGAGCGUGCCAAGAGCAAGUCUCUUCGCGUCAAGGGACCCGUCCGUCUCCCUACCAAGGUCCUCAAGAUCACCACCCGCAAGACCCCUUGUGGUGAGGGUUCCAAGACCUGGGACUGCUACGAGAUGAGAAUCCACAAGCGUCUGAUCGACCUUAACGCCCCCACCGAGGUCGUCAAGCAGAUCAUCAUCAACAUCGAGGCCGGUGUUGAGGUUGAGGUCACCAUCGCUGCUUAAGUGCAGAGUGGUACAGAGUGUGGGGUGGUGGACUCGGUUGGGAUCGUUUCGUGUUCGAACUGGGGAAAUGAAGGAUCGGGCUGCAUUUAUGGAGUCGGGUUAUGAAUGAAAACACCAUUCGCCACUCGAUACAGCUUCUCUCUAAUCAAGUGAUAUCUUACCCAUGAGAACUCCAUCAAAUGUUGCUAGGUACUCAAUGGACAUAUCGAGUGGGUAGAUCUUCA